UGGUAUGUUAGUUUGCUAAUGUUACGGGUCCAACACAUCCGUGAUUUUGAUAAAUACCAACGACGGUUCCGCGGGCUCACAGUUACUAAUCUCACACAUACACACACUCUCUCUCUCUCGGUGUCCUCAUCCUUUCUCUCUCUAAAUUCUGCACCCAACCAAAAACGUUUCUUUGCUCUGAUUCUAAAACAUUCCAGGCACGAUAUGUGAAGUGAUGCAAAACGGCACCACUUGUUUCACCAGAUCUUUUUUCGUCAUUGAUGGGGAAAAAAGGAGGCAGCUGGUUCUCAUCGGUAAAGAAAGUUUUCAAGUCGUCGUCUAAAGACUCACCCCUGCCUGAGAAGAAGGCUCGUCGAGCACUGCGAGCAUUGAAGGGAUUAGUGAGGCUGCAAGCAUUGGUGAGGGGACAUAAUGUGCGAAAGCAAGCACAGAUGACAAUGCGUUGCAUGCAAGCCCUAGUGAGGGUGCAGGCACGAGUAAGGGCUCGUCGACUCCAAUUGAGCCACGUGGAAGAAAAACAACAAUUUGAGAAAAAGAAGGAAAAGCCCGAGCUCGAACCCGAGCCCAUGCCCAUGCCCAUGAGCCCCAUGAGAAGAACAAAAAUUAAUGAUUGGGACAGUAGGCGUCAAAGCAGCCACAAAAUUAAAGAAAACGAAUUGAGGAAACAUGAAGCGGUAAUGAAGAGGGGGAGAGCUCUUUCAUAUGCUUUCGACUACCAACAGCAACAACAGAAGCAAUUUUUGCUGGCAGACAAUGAUCUAGGAGCAACCUAUGAAUAUGAUCGUGAAAAGGCCCAAUGGGGUUGGAACUGGUUGGAGAAUUGGAUGUCAUCGCAACCAUGCAGUGUUAAGAACGUGGGGUUGCAUGAGACCUCUUACAGGACUCUUACUUCUACAACAUCAACUACAACAGAUAACAUGUCUGAGAAGACUAUGGAAAUGGACAUGCUUGCAACUGUAGGACCAACCAACAUCAGCCCCAUCAACCAAGACUUUAUAGAUUCAAGCCCAGUUUUCAACAGGCACCAUCAGAUACCUCCCAGCCCAAAUAGACCUAGCUAUAUGGCCCCUACUCAGUCUACAAAGGCCAAGGUUCGGGCCCAAGGGCCAUCCAAGAUGCGGGCUUCACCUGAGCCUCAGUGGAACUUCUCAACCAAGGAAGCCUCCACCUGUGACUCAUCUAGUUCAGGUGGAGGAAUUGCCGGUUACCAAUUUCCAAGGAGCCCAGGCCCAAAAAUGAAUGCCACUCGUUCUCAGUCUAGAAGGAUUGUGGAUAAAAGUGAGGAUUGGGCCCUUCCACUUGGAGCCCAUGGUUGGAUAUAGUUUGAUUGAUCUGUCUUUUUCUAAAACAAAAACUCAAAAUCCAAUCAAUAAUUAUUAUAAUCGGAUAUAUGGUUUGGUCUGCGAUUCAUCAUAUGGCAUGAAAUUGUAUUUAUGGACAGCAACGUUGUUGGUGAUGUCAAGAACCGCAAUUUUGAGAUUGUGA